GAGUCUGAUGCGGCUCGGUAGAGCCGUGUGAAAUCUGAGUGAAGGCCUUUCCAAUCUCUUCCAUAUCUUUGAACACGAUAAAAAUUUUACCCCUGCACGGACUUUCUAACCUAUCGCAUUUGCGCCUAACAAGAAAAAAAAAGGAAUUUCAAUUGUACUGGAUUGUAUUCAGGCAAAGAGAUAGCCUGUAUGGAAGACCUCCAAAUCCAUAAUCUCCAAGAAGAGCUGCUUCCGGGCUCGCGACGUAUCAUCAAAGAUGAGCACGCGAGCACCUCUGACGACAGUCUCCUCGAAAAACAUGGCGAUGUUAUCCUUGUUCCACAGCCAACACAGUCACCUAACGAUCCCCUGAACUGGAGUUUGGCGCGCAAAAUUUGGCACACCCUUCUUGUUUGCUAUAUUACUGCCCUGACUGCUGGCACCGCCAACACGGCGGGUGCGGCUGCUGUAGGCGUUAACGAAGAGUAUGGCAUAAGCUAUGACGUCUUCAACACCGGCGCCGGUAUUCUCUUUAUCGGGAUAGGGUACUGGACGCUCCUAGCAUCCCCGGGUUCCCAUCUUUAUGGCCGCAGAAUCGCAUACCUCGUGAGCUGCGUCUGGGGCAUUAUUGGCAAUUUCUGGUUUGGCAGACUCCAGAAUAAGAACGACACCAUUUGGACCCAGCUUUUUGUUGGUGCAUCUGAGGCCGUCGGCGAGGCUGCUGUACAACUAUCCCUCCUCGACAUUUGGUUUGAGCACCAGAAUGGAACCUCUCUGGGACUGUACACUCUAGCAACCUCACUAGGAACUUACAUCGGCCCACUGCUUGGUGGCCAUAUCGCGAGCAGCUCCUUGGGUUGGCGCUGGAUUGGAUAUUGGGGAGGCAUUGCAUCUGUCAUCACACUCGCCAUUUUCUACUUUGGAUUGGAGGAGACCUCAUUCCCGCGUGAUCGAUACCUAUCUCUUCAAUCCCAGGUUAUCGAUGAUUCCCCAGCGGAUCCGACUGCUGUACCACAUGCUGCCGAUGGCACUGUCGAGGCAGCACCUCCGUCGACUGCUGCGCAGUACCCAGAUGAGAAGAAUGUCGGCUCAAAUCCCAUCGCCACGGCACAACGACGCAUUUCCGUUUCAUUCAGCCAGCGCAAGACGUACUGGCAGCGUAUCGCCGUUAUCACGCCUGCACCCAACCUACGUGGUUGGGGUUUCAAGCAAUACGGAAAGCGCUUAUGGUCCACUCUCCGCAUUUUCACAUUCCCAGCUUGCAUCUACGCAGGUCUUCAGUGGGGCAUGCAAAACGUCUGCCUUUCGUACUAUCUCACCGUCCAGGAGGACCACUGGAUCGGACCUCCAUGGUACUACAGCGAUGCCGCAGUAGCCAACAUGAACCUCGCCUGCCUCAUCGGCAGCGUAAUCGGUUGUUUCUACGGAGGCUACCUCAGUGACAAAUUCCAGAUCUGGAUGAGUCGCCGCAACAACGGCAUCAUGGAGGCAGAGUUCCGUCUCGCGCUCAUGGUGCCCUGCGCACUCAUCUUCCCCGCCGGCAUGCUCCUCUUCGGCAUCGGAUCCGAGCACGGUUGGGCCUGGCCGGUUCCCUACGUAGGCCUGGGUUUCAUCGGUUUCGGCUACGGCUGUGCUGGAGAUCUAAGUAUCACGUAUCUGGCCGACGCGUACCCGGAUAUGAUUCUCGAGGGUAUGGUGGGUGUUGCCGUGAUCAACAACACCUUGGCCAUGAUCUUCACCUUCGCCGCUAGCGGUUGGCUCGACUCGGGCAUCCAGAACUGCUUCAUCGCUUUGGCCGUCAUCAGCUUCGUCGUCAUGAUCUUGUCGGCGCCUAUGAUGUACUGGGGCAAGUCGAUCAGGAGGUGGACGAGGCCCAUGUACACGAACUACUUGCACCUGCGAGAUGGUAUGGAUCAGUAGUUUUGUGGUUGGUGGAUUACCCGGUUAUUUGCUUUCCUCAAAAGAAUUGUUUUUUGUUGAUUGUUGAUACCCAAUAUUAGUAGAUGAAAAGGAGAGGAAUUGAGGGAGUUUACAUAGAUGGAAAGAUGUACAUGUACAUCUACAUGUCUAUACCAUAGAAGACGGAUAGGAGUUUCACAUAUAUGGCCCGGUCUGAUAGAUACAUGAUCGUUCCAGUCAUUUCAAUUAGAUACAAAAUCUCUAUAC